ACGCUAGAGACGGCUUUAUGAGAAGCAAGCAGACUGAUUUCUGAUAUUCGACUGCGCAGCUAUCUUUCAUUCAAUAUGGGCGAAAUUGCGCCGGCAAAUAUCUACCUAAAGGCCAAUGAAACAGCCCAGUUUCUUAGGGAACGACUACCAGAGCCGCUGAAAUCCCCUCGGGUUGCUAUUGUUUGCGGCUCUGGUUUAGGCAGUCUGGUGCAGACUCUUCAUCCUGAACCUCUCUUUGCCAUAGACUAUCAUUCUAUUCCUUACUUUCCAAUUUCUACUGUUGCCGGACAUGCUGGACAGCUCGUAGCUGGGUUCCUGGGCAACACGAACACUCCCUGUGUUUUAAUGGUUGGACGAUUCCACUUCUAUGAAGGGCACAGUCUCGAAAAGGUCACGUUCCCAGCUCGAGUCUUCAAAUGCUUGGGGAUCGAUACUAUCAUCCUAACGAACGCUGCUGGCGGUCUUAAUCCGGAUUAUGCGGUCGGUGAUAUCGUAGUGAUCAAUGACCAUCUGAAUCUGGCUGGGCUCGCGGGCGUACAUCCUCUUCGAGGACCCAACGCAGAUGAAUUCGGCAUCCGAUUUUUGCCCCUCUCAGACGCAUAUGAUUUAGAGCUGCGGCGAGAAGCUCAUCGCGCCUGGUCCCAACUUGGUCCUGACCGCCGUCGAAGGAGAAUUCACGAAGGAGUAUAUGCAUACGUGUGCGGUCCUACGUACGAGACACGUGCAGAGUGCCGCAUGCUCCGCCGUCUCGGCGCAGAUGUCGUUGGCAUGUCAACUGUACCAGAAAUCGUGGUGGCUCGUCACUGCGGCCUUCGAGUUCUGGCAAUGAGUCUGGUCACAAACACCGCCGUCCUCGAUCCAGGUCCACGAGGAGACGAUUUCCAUUUGGACGAGACAAGCAGCGAGGAAUUGCACAAGGUCAUGGAAAAGGGCAUGGCCAACCAUGAAGAAGUCAUCGAGGCCAGUCACCACGCUUCGCUAGUCAUGCAGGAACUGGUGCGGCACUGUGUGGACGACUUGAGCAUAAAGGCCGGCGAAGUAAAGGGAUAA